AUGGCAAACGCAAGUAUUAACACAACAUCAGCGAUGUCGCUGCUAACGGCGGCAAUGACGACGUCCGAGACACCUUACCAGAUCGUUGGGUUCACCACGCAGAUGACGCAUACAAAGUUGCGGGAGGUUACCAUGACGACGGAUGCUUUCUGGUCGUCUACUUCACCGACUCUUAUUUUGUCAACCCUUCCACCACCCGAUGUUGUGAAGAACAUUAUUAUUGGACUCGUACUCGCCUUUAUUGUGCUGUUUACAGUACUUGGCAAUGCUCUCGUCAUUCUCUCAGUCUUUGUUUAUCGAAGACUUCGAACUAACAUUACAAACUGGUUCAUCGUAUCCUUAGCAAUCUCAGACCUACUAGUGGCCAUACUUGUGAUGUCUUGGGCUGCGGUCAAUUUAGUCGCUGGCUAUUGGCCAUUCGGUGAAUUCUGUCAAGUACACAUAACGCUGGAUAUUAUGUUGUCUACUGCUUCCAUUUUGAACCUUUGUGUUAUAAGCGUGGAUCGGUAUUGGGCUGUGAUGAAACCUUUCCGAUAUCAGGCUAUGAUGACACGGAAACGAGCGGUUUUAAUGAUUAUAGGCGUGUGGAUACUGGCCGCACUUGUUUCAUUCAUCCCGGUUAUGACCAAUGCACACCGAGCCGAUGACGUAGAUUCGUUACUAGCUGACCCUCCACAGUGUGAGUUCAAACUGAAUGGUAUUUACGCCACGGUCUCAUCCUCAAUCAGUUUCUACAUCCCUAGCACAAUUAUCUUGAUAAUCUAUUACCGAAUAUAUCAAACAGCGAGACGAAUCGAGAAACAAAUCAAACAACAAGAAAGGACGCUCAACAUCAAACACAAACAUUCAAGAAGUUUUGGAGAGCGGAAAGCUAUUAAAACUUUUGGUUUAAUCAUAGGAAUUUUUGUCAUCUGCUGGCUGCCGUUUUUCGUUGCUAACUGUAUCAUAUCGUUUUGCGAUCAGUGUGUGCCACUAGACUGCUAUAUUGCAUUCACGUGGCUGGGAUGGGUGAACAGUACACUAAACCCAGUUAUUUAUGCCACAAAUAGGGAUUUCAGACGAGCCUUUCGGCAGUUAUUGUGCUGCGGUAGACCUUCCCCGCCUGGUCGUCAAUGGGACUACUUUAGUGAAUGCAGUCCGUCAGAGAUUAGACGAGCUUCACGAAACAGAUCGACGACGAACGGUGCUUCCACUGUCAAAAUCAGCGUUACAAAUACAACUACAAUUGACCUAGCGCAGCAUUGUGAACGAAUAGAAAUGACGUCAGACGUUUGA